AUGGUAUCAAUCAUAUUCUUAAUUGAUAAGGUUAAGUACAAUAUUUAUGUUUUGUUUGAUAUAUUAACUAAUGAAAUGAAGUUAUACGAAGAAACACAAAUAAAAAUAAAAGACUCUCAAAAUGAUAAACUUACAUUAGAAGUUUUCGACAGUAAUAAUUUUAGUGAAUCAGGCUACUUUAAAAGUGUCAUUCAUCCAAUGCUAGCACCUGGGCAUGAAGUUGAACUUAUAAACUGGUUAAAAUUAGUAGGUAUUAUUCCUCAAAGGCAGACAUGCCAAGGAGCAGGUACAAGUGAUAAAUGUAGAAGACCAAUGUCUUGGGAACCAACAAAAGGUUUAGAUAAUUUUACUUGGAAAUGUGCAGGUUGUCACAAGCGCAAGGGAAUAAGGGAAAAUUCAGUUUUUCAUGAUAUCAAAUGUACAUUUAAAGAUGCUAUACGAUCUGUUUUGGGAUGGUCGAAAGGAACUGAUAGUGACACUAUCAGUAAAAUAUUGAAUGUUAGAAAACAUGUUGUAAUAUCAACAUUUAAUUUGUGUUCACGAAUAGCAAAUAGUUUUAUUGAAAAGCACAAGGCUGAGUGGCAACUUGGUGGCCCUGGAGUAAUUGUACUUGUAUUGGUUUAUCCUGAAGGUUGUGCAGAAUUUACAAAAACUACAUCAUCUAGUAGUUCUCACACACCAAUUCUUUGUCUGGCUGAAGUAAAGGACGUACCUCCUCGAUAUUGGUUUCAUUCUCUAAACCGCUAUUACACCACUGAUCAAGAAGAAUUAGCAAAUAAAACGGCUAUGGAGACGAUUAGAAAAAUUGUUCGUCCUGGUUCCAUACUUGUUUGCAAUUAUUUUUCUUCGGUAUGUUCUUUGCAAAGUUUACAACCUUUAAGGGAUUCUUAUCCAACGAUAGUAAGUACUUUAAUAUUAAGUCAGUUCGAUAACGAACGAGUGAUUUUGUCAAAAAAUUUGGAAACCAUUUGGGCAACAGCUUUACGUAUUUGCGAAGAAGCGCAAUUGUGUAAUUUGUCAGAAGUACCAGAUUUUUUGAUAAACCAAAUGUGGAGGCAAAGGUUCGGAAGUGAAUCAUUUGAAGUAUUGAUAAAUCAAUUUUUCGUCUUUUAGUAUUUUUUUUAUUAUCAUUUGUCGCAAUAACAUCUUAAGAAAUUGAUAGCGUAGAAAAAACUAGACCUUUCUGUUUAUUUUAACUUUAGAAAAAAACGCGUUAAAUCGUAAAAGAACUGGAGCAAGUGUGAUAUCUUUUUAUUAAAACUAAGUUGAUUUUAAUGCUUAUGGAAAAAAGGUGGACUCGCUCAAAAAAAGCAAUAAAUUUGUUUUGUUAAAAUGAUACCAAUUUUCUGUUAUUCUAAUGUUAAACUGUUAAAGUUAAUGUUGCAUACUUAUACAUAGAAAAAAUAAAAGGAGGCUCUAUGCCCGCUGUUGAUAAUGACCCAAAAUAAAAAGUAUGCAAAACACAUGUCUGCUUACAAUUUGCGGCGAUUAGAGGCGAGUUUUCUUUUAUUAAUUAUUAAAAUAAAACCUGAAUUGAAAAGCUUUUAAAGAUAUAAUUUUUGAAUAUUCACUAAUCAAACCAAACUUGCAUUUAAGUUUGUUGUUUAUUAAACGAAAAGCACAGGUAAUACAAGAAAACGUUAAAUUUUGAAAUUGUACAUUUGUUGAAAAAGUUUUCUAUAGCUUUAAAUUAAAAUAUUAAAUUAGUUUGUACAAAAUUUGCUCUUUCUUCUUCAAAUUAAACAUAAAUGUACCAUUUUGACGGACACUUGCAAGUCCUGAGAAAAUUACAAAGUAAGGUAUUAAUAAUAAUUCAUAAUUAUUUCUUUUUAUUAAUUUUUAUAGAA